AACAAAACUUCCUCAGUUUGUCGUCGAAAUUGAAUGUAUUAAGAAGUGUUUGAAAUUGUUUAAAUGUGUUUUACUGUUUGCUGUCUUAAUUUGAAGACAUAAUUAUAUCCCGGCUUUUUUUCACAAAGUCAAGUAUUUGUUGGCUUACGAAGAAAAAGCCAAGAAGACGCACCGCUUGAAUUUGAAACAUGUAGAGAAAAUCUCUGCAGCGAAGAAUGCCUCACGAAGGCAUAAAGACUGGUAGCCGAAAGUGUUGAAACAGCAACGUCAACAUUUUUCAUUUUUUUUGUGCAAUUUAAGUGACCACAAAAUUUCUUACUAAGUUCAAAAUAAUUUGAUAAGAAACCAGUGGUAAAAACUAAUUAGACAUACCGUUUGAAAAAUUUAAAUAAUUCGUGCGGUAAUACCUAACGUGCAUAACAAAAACUGUUUAUUGGUGAUUCUGUGCUUAUUUCAUAUUUUCUGGAUAAAGGUGGGAUGCUUUUGUUCACCCGUAAAAACUCUACUUGUCGAACUGGUUUUUAACUUUCUUCGCCGAAUUAAGCGAUACAUAAAUACGCACUACACCAACGUAAGCGACAGCAAUGGAACACCAACAGAAUUCCUUGGUUAGUACAUAUAAGUACCAGUAAAAUAAGUCUGGUGUCAAAGAAGUCUCUAAUUAGUCAGUCAGUGAGUUUUAAGACGACAAAUCAUUUUUAUCUUAAUGUUUGGAAUCUCAGCGGGCAAUAAAACAGGCAGCACCAUAAAAUUGCUUAAUAGCAAACAGUGGAGAGCAUUUCAAAAUAAGCCAACUAUAAAUAUCAACAACUGAAGAAAUGUCUUCCUCGCGCAAUAAAUUCUUUAGUAGCGGCAAAUUAUCAAAUAAGUCGUCCGGUUCGUCAGGUCUCCGCAUACUUUGGAUACCGGGGGGACGCAAAAGCCAUCCCAAAGGUCGUUUCGACUCCACCAACAAACAUGUACCGCACAAAGGCGAACAAAAGAAAAGUGAAGUGUGGUCCCUGGGUGGGGGUAAAAAUCAAAAAGACUUAUUAGAAGCCGAUCCUGACAAUAACCUUUUUGACGGUCCUUCAGUUUCUGGCAUAACGUCUGCUGCUUGUGCCCUCGGCGCUGUGGGUGUAGAGAAAUGUACCAAUUCAACAACUACACCAACAAUAUCUAUCUCAACAGCCGAAGGCAGCAUAAGCGCUGAUGCCAAUGUCCAUAACGCAGCACAAACACCUAGUAGUACAGCCUCAACAACGCCUCUAGUAUCUAUACCGAACAGUCCCGACACUGGUGCCACACCGAAAUUAAUUGUUAUAACAACUUCUAGUACAACGGAAAGCGACAAAAGUCCAAACUCUGGCAGUAUGCCGGCCAAAACUGCGCUUACAACUGUGACCACAACCACAACGGCAGAAAUAAUGGAUGAGAAUCGUUUCUCGAUUCUUGGCAAAGACAUUUCGAACGAAAUCGACGUGUACGACCUGCCAUCACCACCUAAAAAUGGUCUUAAUACUCCACCACCUGAGGGCGCGACCAGUGUGCUCUUGAAUGUAUCGGCUGGUACGACGGCUUCAACAGCGACCACACCAUCGCCGUCCAACACACCUAAACAACAUAGUGAACGAGAUUCUAUGGCUGGUUUGUCCGCCAAGAAGAAGCAUUACCAUAAAAAUGAAAAUAACAAUCAUCAGAAUGAUAUCGAUUCCAUCGAAAGUAUAUCCGAUAAUACGAAAUUGCCCAGUAACGAUCUUGAAUGGAUUGAUGAGCUAUUUCUCGAACGCAAUGGCAAGGAAUUGCUAAGUAAGAAAAACAAAAAAAAGAAAAAGAAGAUCUCAACUACGAAGGAGUUAGACCAACUUGACGGCGUACCGAGCAAGCAAAACGCCAAAGACGGCGCUGCCGAUGAAGACGAUAAAGUGGUAAAGUGUCUUUACUACACAUUGAUGUGCUGCGAUUGCACAAUUUCUUAAUAGACAACAAUUCCUGAACAACAACACUUAUUUUUAUACAAAAUGUGAAGUUAAUAAACUUUGUAUACAAAGUCUUACAAAAUCAAAAUAUUUAAUUAAACGAGUCUGUCCAGUAUAUAUAUUUAUAUACAAUUAAUAAUAUAAAAUGCAAGACGAACUUGCAUUCGCUGAAUUACUUAAGAGAAUUUGCCAAUUGUUAACAUGAAAUAUUCCUGCUGAUUAGAUAGUACGUAAGAUAAAUAUACGAGUAUAUGAAUUUAAGAGCUCUAUAUUGAAGAAUACGCUCUUACUAUGUAUGUAUUUAAUACAAAAUAAGUAGUAAGUUAUUGUUAUAUAAUAAACAACAUUCACAUGAAUAUGGAGAAAUGAUUUUUAUACAUGCAAAAAUAUAAGCAUGCUUAUAUAUUUCUUUUAUAUUUAUAAAGAUACAUUAAAAUCGCUAUUUUAAUAAUAUUAAAAACAUGCAGCAGUGCAGCUGAAGUACGACCAUCUAAAAACAAUAA